UGCAAACCCGAAAGCGGAAAUGUAUUGGGUUGGGGUCGUCGUCUUCUUCUUCUUCUCGAUCGUCGUCGAAGAAGAGGAAUUGACAGAUGGGGUUAAUCAGAAGCAGCUUCUCCUUCGUAGCGGGGACGGUGUGCGGGAUUUACAUAGCUCAAAACUACGACGUUCCCAACAUCAGAGCCCUUGCCAACGACGCCGUUUGCAGGGCCAAGCGGAUCGAAGAGAAGUACCGCAAACCUGACUCCAAGUCCAGAGGCGGCGAUGGUGACCGCCAUGUUUAGCUCCUUCAACAUAUUCUUUUUGGUAUAUAGCUCGAGGAAAUGCAGUUAGCUAGCUUCAGUUAUAACUACAGUAUGUACAGCAGGGAGAACACCCCCUCAUAUACAUGAGCUCCUUAGGAGGUUGAAUGAUGAAUUGGUUAGGCAGCUAAUUUUAGGAAUGCCGGUUGACCGACCAUUCGCGGUAGAGCUCGGAAGACCGACAUUCACGUGUAACGUGCUUCCAUGUCACGACCGUGAGAUUGUCCAUAAGAUCAUCACUUCUGACUAGUCACCAGCUGCAGCUACCAUAUCAUUAAAGAAGGCAAACGAUGUUCAGUUUUUC